AAAGUGCAACUUGUGUAUUGUUUUGUAUUCCUAAGUUUCCUCUUUGCAAACAUACCUGGAGUUGUGUUGUGUUUCAUUCACACAUGUUUAACACACAAACCGUGCAUAUUUUGUUUUUCUCUCAGACUGAAAACGCUCUGUUCCACUUUGUGAUGUCGUGGUAAUACACGAAGGGCUCCACUGUGUUUUUAAACUCCAUACACCUUCACCAGAAUCAUUUGGAUGAGUUCAGCUCUGUGAUUGCCACUCUCUAUUGAACUGAAGUUAAAAGGUAGGUUUUAACAUGAAAACUACCUCUUCAAGACAUCACAAGGUGGAACAGAGCAUUUAGAGCUUUGUAAAUGUAGAUACACUCAGGAUAAAGGAUUACUCAAACGUGUGAAUGAAACAAAACACAACUCCGGGUAUGUUUUUGAUAAAGUAACAUUAUAACAUCACUCAAAGCUCACAAGGGUACAUUUUUCAUAAUAUAAGACCUUUAAGUUAUUUAAGGUCUAAUCACUAAUAUAAAUGAUCAGGCACAGUUUACCUUUUGGAUAUUUCUUAGCAAAGUACAAUGUGAUAAAAUCUAAAGACAAAAAAUAUAUAUAUUUAUUUAUAUGGUAGCAUAGAUGUAAGUGACAAAACAUAAAUGCGCACAUACAAGUAUUUUAUUAGUCUAUUUCUCUUAAAACUUCAAGAUAAAUACAUUUUUACAAGUCAUUAAGCUGAGUUUCCUCCUGUGCUUCCUUCUUUAGCUCCUGUUGGUGUGUGUUGAGACAGCUGCCUCUGUCACUCACUGCUACAGCUCAGUGUCAGUCUAGACUCAAAGAGGAGCAGGGUCGAGGUGGAGCUGCUGGGCCAUGAAGUUUGUGUAUGUGUGUCAUUUAAAUCCUUAAAAGGACAUAUCCACUAAAGACCGAGAUCCAGACCAACCCAGAUCCUGAGGAAAAUUCAUCUAGGAUUAAAAACCAGGCUGAACUGUUUGUGCACUCCCGGAUGGAGACGGAUUUAACUCCAGGCAUGGAAACACGACAGGCAAAGGCAACCAAUGAGAAAAAUGUGACCACAGCUGCAGCUAAAAGUGAGGAUUUGGCCAAAGCCAUACUGGCCCAUCGUUUCUAUCCUCCCGUCAUUGGUUCAGAGGCCUGGGAGGGAUACAAGUUUUCAGACCUGGAGAUUCGCAUCAAAGAGUCUACUGACUUCUACGGGGCGGUGCUAUGGCCUUCUGCAAUGGUCUUAUGUCAUUUCUUGGAGGAGAAUCGGGACACCUACAACUUAGUCGACAAAAACGUGAUUGAACUGGGAGCUGGGACUGGACUUGUCACAAUUGUAGCCAGUCUUUUAGGGGCUAAGGUGACCUCAACUGACCUUCCUGAUUUGUUGGGAAACCUCCAGUACAAUGUAAUGCGAAACACCAAGACUGGGUGCAGGUACAUCCCUCUGGUCACAGAGCUGUCCUGGGGUGCACAGGUGAACGAGCGAUUUCCCCAUAACACACAUUAUUUCGACUACAUUUUGGCAGCUGACGUGGUUUACGCUCACCCCUUUUUAGAUGAGCUACUGGACACUUUUGAGUAUCUGUGCAGAGAAAACACAGUGAUCUUGUGGGCCAUGCGUUUCCGACUGGACCCAGAGAACAGUUUUGUGGAUCGAUUUCAGGAACGUUUCCACCUGGAGGAGCUGUACGACCUGCCCACUUUAAGCAUAAAACUGUACCGAGCCUGGAGGAGGGACACAUUGACUAAUGGAGUUUAAUGGUGCAUCAUGCAACUUUUCUGGUGGAGGGUUCAUCAAAUGCUUUUCUUCAUGGAGAUGUUAUUGUUUUGUCUGGAAUGUUUCAUAGUAUAGCAUUAAACCUUUCUAUCUUCAUGGAGAUCAAACCAGACCAAGUAACAGGUCGGAUCAGUCACAAUGUCACAAUAUUUUUUGAGCUAUAAAACCACCUGUAAUUUAAUAAAUGUAAGGUAGAGCUGUUAUACUAUGGAACAUUUUAGGCAGAACAUCAUCAUACAUCUCCAUAGAAACAAGCAGGUGACAGACCCCCAGGUAUGCACAAAAGCUGCAUAGUGCACCUUUAAUGUUGCUAUUCUAUGCAGGGAAUUGUUGUUUACAUCUGGACCCAUUUAAACUUUGUCUACUGACCAUUUGUUAUAAAAAUCAACGCCUUUUUUAUUUUUAUUUAUUUGAUUUAAAAUGACCAGACACUUAUAUGUUUUUAUAAUCAAUUUGACUGGUAACAUGAAGCCUUAUCCUCUGCAUUUUUUGUCUCACAUCAACCAACCUUUUGCCCUGUUUACGUAUAUGUUAAUUUCUUGGUUGGUUUUCCUUCAAAUCACCGCAUCAAAACUUAAUUUCUUCUCUAACCCUCCUCUGUACGUGUCUUAACUUCUCCAUUUUACCUUCAAAACACUUGACCCAUGCCCCUCAUAUGUCUAACCCCAUCCAUCCUGCACAUCGUCAACAUCUUCAGAUCUGCUACCUCUGCAAUGUUAACCUCAGCAAUUCAACCAAAACUUAAGUGAUAUCAGCUUAUGUCUUAAUUGUUGCUUGAACACAGCAGUUUUUGUUGUUUCACUGGUCAUUAAAAUUGCUUAGCUACAUUUUAUUUGU